UUCUCUUUCUCUCUCUCUUCCUCAAUAAAAACAUCCAGAAAUAUAAACACUACAAAGGAAGAAAGAUAUGGACUCUUGUGACCCAUUUCUUCCUUCAUUUUCUGGAAAUAUCCUCUCUUCACAUUUAUUUCUCUUCAAAUUUCAGGUUGAUUUUUCACUUUUUUAUCUCCUGCAUCAACUUCCUGUUCUCUGAUCUUUACUUUCUCUCUCUUCAGUGACCGUUGGAAUCUGGAAGAAGGAAAAUUCAGAGGAGAAAAAGGAGGAGAAAAUGGGUCAUUGGUCAUCAAUGUUUAAUGGGUUAGCAAGAUCGUUUUCGAUGAAAAAACUAAAGAAUUCAAGUAAUGGAGAUGUAGGAAAGGAAGCUGCAGAAACUAUGGCAAAGGAUGCUAAGAAGAGUGAUCUGAUAUUAAGGUCUUCUGGCAUUGUUAAUGUUAAUGGGUCCGAAAAUUUCGCCUCAGUUUUUACAAGAAGGGGCCAGAAAGGUGUUAAUCAAGAUUGUUGCAUGGUUUGGGAGGAAUUUGGAUGUCAACCUGAUAUGUUAUUUUGUGGCAUUUUCGAUGGGCAUGGUCCCUGGGGUCAUUUUGUGGCAAAGACGGUUAGGGAAUCGAUGCCACCAUCGUUGUUAUGCAAUUGGCAAGAGUCUCUUGCUGAAAUGGUGCUUGACCCGGAUUUUGACCUAGAGUUAGAUAAGAAGGUGGAUUGGUUUAAUAUAUGGAAGCGUUCCUACUUGAAGACGUGUGCUACUAUCGAUCAAGAACUUGAGCAGCACAGAAAGAUUGAUGCAUUUUACAGUGGAACAACUGCCCUCUCAAUCGUGAGACAGGGGGAGAAAAUUAUCAUCGCCAAUGUUGGCGACUCUCGUGCUGUAUUGGCUACUACAUCAGAUGACGGUGAUUUGGAAGCUGUGCAGCUCACUCUUGAUUUCAAACCCGGAUUGCCUCAGGAAGCUGAGCGAAUAACACAAUGUAAUGGGCGAGUUUUCUGUUUACAAGACGAGCCAGGGGUACAUAGGGUGUGGCUACCUGAUGAGGAGCUGCCUGGGCUAGCAAUGUCUAGAGCUUUUGGGGAUUAUUGCAUCAAAGAUUUUGGCCUUAUAUCUGUGCCUGAAGUGACUCAAAGGAAUAUUACCAGUAAAGACCAGUUCAUUGUGCUGGCAUCUGAUGGGGUAUGGGAUGUGGUCUCCAAUCAAGAGGCAGUAGAGAUUGUAUCUUCAUCCCUAGAUCGAGGCAAGGCCGCUAAACGAUUGGUAGAUCAUGCAGUCCGAGCAUGGAAACGAAAGCGGCGAGGGAUCGCAAUAGAUGAUAUCUCUGCCAUUUGCCUUUUCUUCCACUCUCCCUCCUCUUCAACUCACCAAAACCUAGUCGAACCUGCUGUAUUCACCAAAUAGCUAGAAAAUUUUACUGUGAAAAGGCAAAAGCUGAUAAAUCACACAGCUUUGUUUGUAUCAGUAUGUGUCAAAUAUCCUGUGCUUGAUGAGUAAAAUAUGUGAUUCAUGUGAAUGUCAAAAUUCUCUUAUCUGCCCA